AUGACUACAGAUAGAGCGCAGACAACAGCCGAAAGAAACAUGACGGUAGAAAAGGACAGAAACGGCAGUUCUGGGCCAUUGGAAACGGAUUUGGGCCAGGAGCAGAGAGGACGCCAACGACCACCCAACCGGGAUGGAACACAUAGCUUUAUCAAGGAUUUGAGUGGAUUGACGCGCAGUUUGGUACACGGAGACGAGAAGUGCAGGGACACGGUUUCGGGAUCGUUUUUGAACUUGUUGACGUUCUACUUGAGUCACACGGUGUUGCUUGUGAUCUUCUUCUGUAUCUCGAUAUACAAGAACAUCGAAUACAUAUACCGAAGGAUCUACUUGAAGUUUUUAACGCUUGCCUACUAUCCUAAUAAGACGCCGCAGUUGAUUCGGGACGAUGUGAACAAGUUAACCAAGUUGCCUAAACGGGUGUCGUGUAUUUUAGACUUGAAGGACGAUGAUGAUGAAAAUGGAGGGGUCGAAGGGCUCAUCAACGACAUCAGCGAACUCACAGCCUGGUCCAUCCUGGCGGGUAUUCCCGUGUUGUCUAUCUAUGAGUAUACGGGGAUAGUGCAGCAUCACUUGCCCGAAUUGUGUCGGUAUAUUGUCAAGAACUUGUCGGUGUACUUUGGGACCGAGUCUAUUCCGGUAUUUUCUAUUAGAAUCCCCCAUUCGAAUACCGUCAUAUACAGUAACAAUCUUCAACAGUCUCCUACGUUUGAAGUGCCUGCAUCGAUCGAUUUGGAGAUCUCGUUGUUGUCAAAGAUCGACGGAAAGCCUACAAUCAUCGAGUUGACCAAGAGUAUGUGCGAAUUGGCUGUCAACAAGGAAUUAUCCAUUAAAGACAUCACCAUUGACUUGAUCGACGAAGAAUUGAUCGAAUUGGUGGGAGUCGAACCAGACUUGUUGAUCUGCUUCGGCCCAUCAUUGGACUUGCAAGACUACCCUCCAUGGCACAUCCGAUUAUCGGAAAUCUUCUGGGAAAUCGAUAACCAAGAUGUCAACUACUCAAUCUUUAUUCGGGCAUUGCAAAAGUAUUCGAACUGCAAAGUCAAUGUCGGAAAAUAA